AUGGGGUUUUCUCCGACGGCAAUAUCCCUCGGAAAUCCGUCGGAAAAACAAGUUUCCGUCGAAUUUCAAAGGGAUAUCGCCAUCGGAAAAACUCCGCCGCUAAAUGCAAUUUCCGGCGGAGUUUCUGACGGAUUGCGGAGUCGACGGAAAUUGUUGAGAUUGUGUAAACCUCUUCACAACAUCCAUCAUGUCUGCAUACUCUUUCUUCCAGAUCUCAUUUUCCCUCUUUCGGAUCUCUUCUCGGCAGAGAAUUUAAUCAACCUCCUUUUGUCGAAUCUCAUCUCGAGUACGCAUUUCUUGAAUUUGGGACUUGUAGAUGUUAAUUCUCAUGAAGAAAAUGUAGAUGUUAUGGAGGUUGUGACCUGGGAGAGUAAUGAAGAUUUUGAUGUGGGACUUUCUCCAUUCAAAAAGGUCCAAAAAAAAACUGUGAAGAAAUUGUUUUGGUAUAUGUUUGAAUUCAUGUUUAUAGUAAUUGAUCAAGCAGAACAGGCCUUAUCAAUAUCACCAGGUAGUACUAAUUGGUAUACUCCUGUAGUCGAAGAAGUUGUCAAGCACAUUAUCGAAUCUGUGUAUCCGUCAUUGGAUGUAGCAGAAUCGGAAUACCAAAAAUAUGUUGAGACGGCUGGAUUUGAGUCGUUUGAUUCGAUGGUACGCCGUAAACAUCAAAGAGAAGUCUGGAACUCCAAUAUUAAAAGGACCGGGUGUACAGCAUGUGUGAAGUUCAGAUUGAUGAAAGGAACAACAACAUAUGAGUGUUACGGUUUUGAAGAGGAUCACAACCAUUCACUUUUGAGACGCGAUGAUAUAGAUUUGACUAGAAAAGGACGCCAAAUAAAAUUUUCAGAUCAGCGAUUUGUUCAUGAUGCCGGAAUCUCAAAUAUGAGUGCCACACUGGCUCAUAAGUUGCAUACGUCUCUAAGAGGAGGGUACGAAUACGGUGGUCCAACGGUUGUCGAUUAUCAAAAUUAUAAGAGGGAUUGUGACGAUUUUGUCGGUCGUGGUGAUGCAAAGGUGUUGGUUGAUUUGAUGACCAAGAAGAGGGAUGCGGAUCAUAAUUUCUUUUUCGAACAUUCCAUGGUUUUUGUGCCCUUCACUGUGGUUGACAAUCAUAACUGCAAUGUCGUUGUUGGAUCAACUUUGGUUGGACAUGAGCAUGUUCCAAAUUACAAGUGGCUACUCCAAGCAUUUCGGAAAGCACAUUCAAAGCCCCCUAUGAUGAUUCUUACCGACCAAUGUCCUGCGAUGAAGCAAGCAAUUGCAUCAUUUAGUUACGAUCUUCUUAAUAACACCACGUUUAAGAAACAAUUUUUCAAGCUCGUAUGGAACAUUCACAUAUCACCUGAUGGGUUUGAGAGUAGAUGGAUGGUUCUUAUCGAGGAGUUCUCCCUUCAAGAUCAUCCAUGGUUGAAAGAUAUGUUUGCUCUAAGAUCCCAGUGGAUACCCGCGUAUUUUAAAGAGCUUCCAAUGUGUUGCCUCAUGAAGACAACAUCCAGGUCUGAAAGUGCGAACUCAUUCUUUAACUCUUUUUCAAAAAGUGGAAACAAUCUUUUUCAGUUUAUGUUGGGGUUUGAAUUUGCCUUGGAGAAACAACGUCGGGAGCAACGUCGUUUUGAUUAUCACAUGAGAACUACCUUACCUAAAUGGUUGACCUAUAGCAAGCUGGAGAGGCACGCUUGUGAGAAUUACACGCGUUCUGUAUUUUUUGAGAUACACAGGGCUGCCUGGACAUGUUCAAUUAAGAGUGUCAAUUCAAAUGAGGAAGCUGAAACAUAUUUAAUUGAACAUUUAGACAAAAGAGAUGAGAAAAUAGCAUAG